AUGGCCGAGCCUUCUGGGAACGAGCUGGCGUCCGCGGCUGCCAAGGGGGACCUAGUGCAACUUACUAAUUUGUUGCAAAAGAAUGUAAACGUCAAUGCACAAAAUGGAUUUGGGAGGACUGCGCUGCAGGUUGUAAAAAUCGGGAACCCCGAAAUUGCCAGGAGGUUGCUCGUUAGCGGUGCCAACCCCAACCUGAAAGACAGUACUGGCUUCGCUGUAAUUCAUGAUGUAGCCAGAGAGGGUUUUCUGGACACUUUGCAGACUCUGCUGGAGUUUAAGGCUGAUGUUAACAUUGAGGAUGAUGAGGGCAACCUGCCCUUGCACUUGGCGGCGCGGGAGGGGCACGUGCGGGUGGUAGAGCUGCUGCUGGCGCGCGCCGAGUGCAAGGUGGGCCACCAGAACAAGCGGGGGGCCACCGCCUACGACCUGGCCAAGCUCUACAAAAGAGCCGCCGUCGUCAAGCUCCUGGAGGACAGCAGCUUCUUCCCUGCAGCCAUGAAUUAAAUCCAGCCCGGACGUGCUCUCCUUUGGACAUGAAGGCUUUCAGCCGCCUUCAUCUUCUUUUCUUCUUCUUUUUUUUUUUUUUUUCCUCCUCCUUUUUAAUAACAGGCGUUGCAACUUUCUAUUAUUUUUUUUUUCUUUUUAAACAGCUGAUAGUUUAAGUCUCAAGAAAUUCUGGAGGUGGGGUUUUGGAUCAUGGUUUAAAUCCAUGCUCCCAGCAAUUUCUGCCACCUGCCAUUUACGAAAUACAGACUCAGCCAUGUAUAUGUUGGUCACUCAUACCUAGUUUUCCACUAUGAAGUUUUUACGAUUUAUUUUAGGUCAGUUAAGCCAUUAAUACAAGAGCUACAUAUUCACGUGCUUAAUAUUGCUGGACUUUUAAGAAGAGGCAAUAGCUGACUGUGAUCUCGCCCACCUCUGGAUGCGCAACCCCACCCCCCCGUUCCCUUCCCCGCACCCCCAACCCACCCCCCUGCUCCUUGGGGCAGGCUGCAGAGUUUGAAACCCUCUUCUGGAUUCAAACAGCCUCCCAAGGGAAAACCUGCAUCUCCCUGCUCGGGCAGAGCUUGAAGUCAAAGGCUGCUUGGCCUGAGGACAGAGGACGGCGCUUAGAGGCUUUGGGAAAUAGCUGCUGCGUUUUGACACUAACAAGAGCUUGUAGAAGUAGGUCACUUACUUUCUAAAUGUAGAUGACACUUUCCCCCUUUGUGUAUUUAAACUUUCACCGAGCUGGUUUUGAAUUUAGUUACCAGAAACAGUAUAAGUGGUGUUUUUUUGGAUUGCCAGAGGUUUUAAACAGCUCAGUUUUGUAGUUCGUGUUUACUGUGCACUGAAGGAGGCGUUUUUUCUAGUUUCAAAACAAGCAGCUGAGAACCGUUGUCAGAGGCAGGAGGAUGGGAAGGCUGCAAGGCAACAACUUUUCUGGUCGCUUUGUAAGCCAAGUGCAGUUUAGAUGCUCUUUAAGAAAUAUUUGCUUUCCACCAGCUGUUUUGCCUGGAAAUAAAUUACUUUAACGACAGAUGCAUCUCACGAAACAGGAGCAUUUGAAUACAGUGACAUUUAGGAAGCAGCAUGUUUGCUAUUCGGGAAUUUAUGUUAUUGCUUGCACCUAAAACACAAAUUAACUAUUGGAACAUUUACACUGCAACACGGUUGAGAGCAUUGGUCACCCUCAAACUCAUUUACCUCUCCAGCUGCAACAGGAGCUAAGGAUGCUCAGCACCGUAUAGGGAAGAGUUUAGGAUGAAAAUUUUAACAUUUGUACAGGAGCAAGUUGUGGGACAGAUGGGCAGUUUGAAGUGCUUUAUUUUGAAUAGUCUAAAUUUUAAUUGUGCAAAAUAGAAGGUGUUAAAUCAAUGCGAAAUGGAUAGUACUUCAAAUAGCACUUAAAAGAGGAGGGGGUGUACACUAGUUUUAGAGUUUAGCUCUUAAAAAAAAAAUUUUAGCCCUACAGAAUCAGUUACUACCGUUUUCAAGUAAAAAAAUAAUUUGCUGAAACUGUCUGUCACGUUUGCUAUCCGCUCUGUCACACUGCUGUGUUUUCUGAUUAAAAACCUCUGUGAAAUA